AUGGGGACCAAACCCGUGGGUACCGGGCUCAUGCCCUCAUUUCAGUCCUUCUUCCCUCUGGAGCAUCUCACUGAUGGGAUCAGUCACAUGGGACAGAUGAUUAACGCUGCACAGCACCUCAAGGGCAGACCGAUUGGCAUGGUUUCCAUGAAGGAGCUAGUUGAUUGCUAUAUGCAGCACCAGGUUUCUAACAGCAUGAAAGGCAUUCUCGUUCAGCUGACCUUUGAGACAACCCCCUAUGAGCCUUGCAUCCGCCCGAUGUCCUCUUUGACUAAGAUUACUAUCGGUGACCUUUGUUACAACACUCGCCAUGAAGGGUCAUACAUCCUAUUGCGACUCAUAACCGGAUUAGACAUCACAGGGACCGUUUUUGCCAUCGCUGAGGACGAGAAUCAACGGGUGAUUCCGGUACAGCUGUUCAAUCAAAACUCUCUUCCGCGAAAUGAGUUACUGGAGAUAUAUUCGGCCUUUAUCGUCAAGGAGCCUCUAGUGGAAAUGGUCGGGUGGGGGGAAGUUGGUAUUCGCGUUGAUCAUGCUUCCGACCUCAAGUGCAUACCCAGAUACAGCGAGGAUCUGCCAGCUGGGUGGAAAAAGUCGAUCAAGGAGAAAAGAACGGUGGCCCAAUGGAAGGCCGUGGCAACCGAGCUAUACAAAACUGGUCUCUAUGCACAAGCAGUUGAGUGUUACUCCAAAGCUCUGGAGAUCCCAUCACCCCCGGCAAGAGUUCAGACAUUGAAGUUCAACCGGGCGCAAGCCCUGUGCAAGCUUGGAAGGUCUGAAGAGACCCUACUGGACCUAGCAAUCCUCACGCCUGCCAUGCAGUCCUACGAUACGGCGCUUUACCGCAAAGCCCGAACCUUUUACGACCUUCGCCAAUACAGAAAAAGCAGUGAGGUUCUUGCCAUUCUCUGUAAGGCAUUCCCGAAGAAUUCCCACGCAAAUCGAAUGUUUUCGGAGUCCAUCAAGCGCUUGUUGGAGGAGAAAACUGGCGUAUUUGCGUUCAAAGAAAUACAAACCAAGCUCCUUGCUAGACACAUUGUCCGACUGGAAUACGCCACAUACAUCGGCCCGAUUGAGGUGAAGCCUGCCAGUGUCACGGGUAGAGGACUUUUUAGCUCUCAAGACGUCAAGGCAGGCGAACUUCUCCUCUGCGAGAAGGCCAUGGUAUACUUCUCUGAGCAGGACGCGAGCAAGAGAAUGCUUUGUCGUGGAUACCGCGUGGGGCUGGAUAGCGCAAAGGCCAUGCCACUUGCCAGAGUUGAACUGGUCCACGAGAUGGUACGAGAGCUUCACGCGAAGCCGUCUUGGAUGGCGGACUUUAUGAAUAUGUACCAUGAUUCUUACAAAAGCACGGUUUCCUCGUUUCAUGAUGAUGAUGGCGGAGCUCUUGUUGAUUCAGUUAUGGUCCACAAUAUGCUGCACUCCGAGACCUGCACCCGUGACACCUAUGUGCUUCGCAGCGAGUCGAAGAGUGUGUUUGAGGAAGAAAGGAGCGACUUUGCAAUGGCCCAGCAACCCCCCCUGCGGCAUUUGGCGGAUGCGACAAUGGACAUUGCCGCCGGCACAGAAAUUCUCAUUCGGUAUCGCGAGCGUGCCACCGAUUUCCUUAAAGCUUCCAAGUGGAACCCCUUUGAGGAUCGCGGUUUUGCCUGCACUUGCGACCUCUGUCUGAGUAUUGAGUCCACCGAUGAAAGAAUUCUCAAACUGAGAGAGGCGGUUCUCAGAGAUUUGCGGGUGUUCGUCGAAAGUGUGUUCAUUGAAAGUCGUCCAGGGAAGGUUGAAGUGGGCGAUCUAAUGAUGAAAUUGAACACCCUACUGGCAACCUACCAAGAAACUGAUGUCUAUCUCCCACGCCUGUCUGUCUUCGAGAUCAAGUACGCUCUGGCUCGGAUUUUCGAUGUGGGCGGUUUGCCUUUCGCUGCGGCCGGUCUUGCGGUGGAAUGCGUCAUGAAUCUCGGCUACAUUCUUACUGGUGCCAUUACCAGGGAGAAUCAAGUGGUGUCUGGCCCGCUAGCUAUCGAAAAAUGGGGAAUGCUAGAUUAUCGCCUUGUAAAGUGCUGGUUGAUUCUCGCGCGAUCAUAUCGCAUCAUUGCCCCACACCUUGAGCGCGCUGCCAAGGACUACGCGAUGUUGUUCUACAAGAUGAUUGUGGGUGAGGAUCACAGUUUUUACUCAGCCUUCAAAAAGAUUCUGUCUUGA